AUGCUCUCACAUCUGCGCUUCCACCGUCGGGGCCCCUCCAAUCCCACCUCACCCAUUCCCGAGAACGGCCCCUGGGAUGCUGCACUUCAGCCAAAGCAGCUGACUCCUGAUGAGGGCGUCGUGCCAGCCCCGGCCAUAGAGCCGCGCACUUCGACGGGCCCACCUCUGACUGGCCAUGGCACCGGACCGCCCUCGAUCUCCCAGCUCCCACCACACCCGCAACAACCUCCGCCUCCGCCUCCGCAACAACCGGCCCCGAGUCUGCCUCCCAUCGCCCGAGCCACUUCGACCGAGUCGGAACAUCCCCAUAGCGCCUCGAACAGGGAGCCAAAGCGACACGAAGAACAGAAGGCCCCUCAGCGGACGCCUUACACUGAACAAUCCGGGUUUCUUGGUGGACUGGCACUGCAAAAUUACCGGCGUGAACAGCAAGACGCCCUGCGGCCAGACCCAUCCCAAGCAUCGAGCAACCAUGGAAAGCCUAGUCUCUCUGCAGCAACAAGCCCUGCGGACCGGAAUCCAUCGCCUUCUUUCCUUUCCCCGACGGAACAUGGCAGCAGCAACCCAACCGGGAGACGGCCACCCGGCGCGAGACUGCACAGCGAUGUCCAGGCGGCGCAUGCGCAGAACAAUGCGCAAGAAGCGCCGAGGGACAGGAGAGGGAUCCCGUUUCUAAAAAAUCCCAUAUCGAACUUGCUUCUGAGGAGGAAGACAAGCCAUAAUGUUCUUCCGGAUCUAUCUUUGCGCACGAGUCGAGGGGAACCAUCGUAUCAGCCCAUCAGGGGUACAAGAGUUCACGAUUUCAGCGCCCCUCGACCUCGGAGGGUUGUCUCAAGUAACGAUGUUGCUAAAUUGGGCACUGUGAAGCCGGACUCAGUAGCUCAACCUCCUCCUACUCUGGAACAUAAACCACCACCGCAGCCAGCCCGUCCGCCUCCUAUUCAGGAGCAACAAGAGCCUGAACCUCUGCCACAACCAGCUCCCCCGGUACCUCCCAAAGAUGAACAGGCGCAUUCCGUAUGGACGUCAUCAUUAGUACACUCAAAAUCCAUGUCCGUUGACACGCAUGACCUCUCCAAUCUGAGUUCCAAACGUGAGAAGAAUAGUAGCAGGAGGCAAAGUUCAAUUCCAUCUUCCAUCUCCACCCUCUCACGCAACGCUUCUGGAGUCUCGAAUAGAGACGUACUGUCGUCUUUGCCCAAGCACAUGAAGAGUACCUCUUCGAGGUUCAGUUUCGACAUGAUUGGUGCUGCCAAGGCGGAGAAGCUGCUUGAAGAAAAACAUCGGCAAAGACAACAGGAGAAAGAAGCAGAGCCCUCUGCAGCGCAUCGGGACUCCCGAUUUGAUGACUUUGAUGAGGACUCGUUCGACUACGAUGCUAUGGAUUAUGACGAUGGUCUCGAGGAAGAAAUCCCCGAGAUAAAUUACGAUUAUGAUGAAGAUAUCCCCGAGAUAAAUUACGAGUACGAUGAAGAAGUAGAUGGGGAACCUGCAGUAGACCCGGACAACGACCAGGAAAACUUUGCAGGUUUCGUAUUUCAAAGAUCUGACCCUGUGUCUUCCUUGGCCAGUCCCCUGACUGCCGGAUUGUUACCGACACCGAGAGACGUCGAUGGCAACAUCAUCGGUUAUGCUGUGACAAAGGAGUCUCCAGAAACUCGUAGGUUUUCCUUGCCAAUGCUGGCCGUGGAUGUGCCGCCUCAACUGGCGGAGUCGCCGACACGAGAUAGUCCGACGGGAUUAGGUAUCGAGGGGCUUGACGAAGUCAUAGAAGCGCACGAGCAAAUAUCGGUUCCGCAACCUGCCCCUCAAGGUCCAGCAGUUCCGAGAUAUCUAGACAAGGACGAUGAGCUCUAUUUCGGUAGUCAUGAGUUUGAGGGGGAGGGAGAUGGACGGGCCAUUGAUGAAUCUCUUUUUGACCUCGACGACACAGACCAGUAUGGUAGACCAAUCCCGGGCAUGUUUGCAAGUGCCUUGGCUCAGCGACAGAAACGAGAGUCUGAUGAUAUAACCUCGGGAACGUCUGUUCAUUCAGGGCUAUCUGACUCAACCGAGCAUACAUCACUGAGCGUAGGUUUGCAUCAGAAACUCGCUGCUCUGGAAGCCCACGAAGAGACGAACAGUGCCCAAGAAGAACCCGUGCCGCCUGUGCCGGAUCUCCCUGAAGUGGAUGACGAUGCAAUGCAGGCUGCUCUUGCUGCAGCCGUUCAGAAGGCUGCUGAUACGGGAAAGUUCCGUCGGAACUCAUCGCCGCCGCCUCCACCCACCGAUUUGACGAUUACCUCACCUACUACAAGUGGUUCAGAGGAAUCGAAUAAUGUUGGUGACGACGCCUUUGGAAGUUAUGACUAUGACGAUGAUUAUGGUGGCAAUGGAUUGGACGAUUAUGAACUAGACGACGAUGCUAUAAUCGCCGCGGCCAACGCAGAUGCCCUUGCGAGCGAUGACGAUGGCUGGUACGGCCAAGAGUUUGGCUUCUAUUCAAACCCUCCUUCCCAAUCGGGGCGCUCAGGCCACGGGUCCAGCGAGCACAAUCCGGCUUGGGGUGGCUAUUUCGGACCCGGUGGUGUUGCACGGACGAAGUCGGGACAUCUGGUUUCCAGGGAGCCUAAUCUGACACCUAUCACCGAGCGAUCCGAGUAUUCUAAUCGCAACUCAAUCAUGAGUCUACAGAUGCCUAAUAGUGCUGGCAGAGAUGCGCCAUUACAGAGUCCCGGGUUAGCUCAAUUGGCUAUGAUGGCAGAUGACGAUAACAUGAGCCUGUCAGCACUCCUCAAGCUCCGGUCAAGAGCCUGGGGCGGCUCGCAAGCAUCACUAGCGAGCUCACGCGAAGGCUCCCCUAGCGACCGAAACGGCGCCACGAGUCCUUUUGGCCAAGAAAGGGAUCUGUCGGGUCUGGGGACAGCCCAUGGCCGUAAGAACUCUGCAUUCUCAAUAUGGAGUGUCGAUUCAGGAGCGGGUAGCGGAGCAGGCAGCCCAACUCUGACCAUGGCUAUGGCAGGCAUUCCAAACAGCACCAUACCAUCGCUGCCUGUGAUGUCCAGCUCGGUGACCAAUGCAGCACCGUCUGCCCUCAAUGCGCCACUAUAUACCCCCCCUCCUCCCCCACUUGGACAUACCGGGUUUCCGCCAGUUAUCGAAGAUGAAGAAGUUGAGUUGGCAUCCCAGGCCUCCAGUCCUGUUGCUUAUUCCAAGCCACCACCGGCAGCAGAAAUCAUGAGUCCCACGUUCGGUGUACCUCCGGAAAGACGUCCAGGCAUGGGCCAUCGGCACAAGAACAGCGCAGACAGUAUCUCAUAUCGCAAGGAGGAAGACAGUGGAGAGACAAGGUGGGUCCUAGAGCGUCGGCGCACGGCCGAGUCGGGUGAGAUUGAAAUUCUAGGACGAGAAGUAAUCGAGGGCGGCAGGAUCUAG